ACGUCAUCAUUAUGCGCCGGUUUGAAUGAGACCAAGCGGGAGUUUGGUCGCGUUGAAUGAGCCGCUUUAUUUACUGUAUUAUUGAGCAUCUGCGACAGUUUCUAAUUUUUGUUACAUUUUAAAAUGAUUGAUACAAUCGAAAAGGACGAUAAUAUCAUCAGUGAGGAAGAAGCAGCUCAGUAUGACCGGCAAAUUCGGCUCUGGGGUUUGGACGCACAAAAGAGGUUAAGAGGCUCUCGAGUGCUGCUCGUUGGACUCCGAGGACUGGGUGCAGAAGUGGCAAAGAACCUUAUUCUAGCUGGAGUGAAAGCACUUACUCUUCUGGACCACGAACAGGUUACUGAAGAAUCAAGACGAGCUCAGUUCCUCAUUCCGGUGGAUGCAGAUGGCCGAAAUCAGGCCCAGGCUUCUCUGGAACGAGCCCAGUUCCUCAACCCCAUGGUAGAAGUAAAGGCUGACACAGAGCAAGUGGAAAGCAAGCCUGAUGACUUCUUUCUUCAGUUUGAUGCGGUUUGCCUGACCAGAUGCUCCAGAGACCUGAUGGUACGCGUGGACCAGCUUUGCUCCAAAAGUAACAUUAAAGUCUUCUGUGGGGAUGUCUUUGGUUACCAUGGAUACAUGUUUUCUGACCUGGGCUCGGAGCAUCAUUAUGUGGAAGAGAAGCCGAAGGUGGUAAAACAGUCGGAAGAGUCUAACGAUGGGCCUGAAGUAAAGAAACUUAAAAUUGAUCCCAAUGAGACUACCAUGGUGAAAAAGACGGCCAGUUUCUGCUCUCUGAAAGAAUCUCUAGAGAUUGACUGGACAAGUGAGGAGGCCAAACGCAAUCUCAAGCGUAUACCCCCAGAUUACUUUUUACUACAAGUAUUGCUGAAAUUCCGCACCGAUAAAGGUCGAGACCCUCAUCCAAGUAGCUUUGCCGAGGACUCUCAGUUGCUCCUGCAGAUUAGAGAUGAUCUCUUAGAGGCUCAGGGGCUGAAUCCAGAUCUGCUGCCUGACAGCUUCGUCAGUUACUGUUUCUCUGAGAUGGCUCCAGUCUGUGCUGUGGUGGGAGGAGUACUUGGUCAGGAAAUAGUCAAGGCGCUGUCCCAGAGAGAUGCCCCACACAGGAACUUCUUCUUUUUUGAUGGCCUGAAGGGCAACGGCGUGGUGGACUACUUUGGAGCCAAAUGAUGGUGGAGCCGUCCAAGGACAGUUGGACAAUAUGUAGGCGCUCAAGGCAUCAUGGAAGGACCUUUUUCGGUGCUGCAAAAAGCAAAUGGUUUGAACAGUUAACACUUUUUUUGAGAAGCUUAGGCAGAAUCUUUUAUGGCUUGUAUGUUUAUAUAGUCUCAUGGCAAACCUGCUCAAUUUUUUUCUGCCUACAGUUCUAACCAGUUAGUGAAGUUCUGUGACCAAGUUGAUGUGAUUUCCCAUUUUGUAAUGAAAAAUUUGAAACAAAUAAAUUUCUUUUGGAAUA